AUGCAUCUUGUGCAAGAGCGCCCACCGCAAGACUGUGGCGACAAGCGCGUCAUCUACUGCGAUGGUGGAGAUGGCCAACAUCCUGCACUGGGACAUCCUCGCAUUUUCAUAAAUCUCUUGAGAUCAGUUUUGCGCACGUUUUGGAUUUUUGGUAUGAUGCGUAUUCUAUCAAGUUCCGGUAAUCUCUGCAAGUUUGAUCCCUCCUUCGAUAAGAUAGCUUAG